AUGCAAUACACUUCAACAAUCCUCCUUUUGGCCUUCGGUGCCACCAACGUCUUUGCCCACGGCCUCCUCACUGACGUUCAGGGUGCCAACAAGGUUGUCAUGCCUGCUCUUUCGGUCGCCGACGGAACUCCUCGUGAUUGCGCGACUCCAGGAUGCGGUUCUGAGGCCGAUACCUCCAUCAUCAGAGCUAACGAGCUUGGUACCAACAGAGCUAGCGCUCUUGGCCGUACCUCCACUGGCCCAGUCGACGCUUCCAAGAUGAUCUCCAUGUUCAUGGGUGGCAAUGCCAACAGCACCUCCGCAAUUGAAGCCCGUAAGGUCCACGCCGCAAACAUGCAUCGUCGCUCCCUCGUCGUCCGUGCCGCCAACGGUGGUGCCAAGACACCAAAAGGUACAUCAGAGACCGGUGUCAAGGCUGCUGAAGGUGCCGGUGCCGCAUCUGGCAUGCCAACUUGCGCCGAUGACGGAACUGUCAAGAUGACUUUCCAUCAAGUCAACCAAGAUGGUGCUGGACCCUUGACCGCAAUGAUUGACAGCACCUCUGGUGGAACCGACCCAGCUGCCUUUAAGAAAGCUGUAGUUACCCAGAACGUCCCAGGUAUUGGUAUCGGUGGUCUUUCCGCCGCUCAAACCAUGGAUUUCCCAGUGGCCGUUCAAAUGCCAGCUGGUAUGACUUGCUCCGGCUCUGUCGGUGGCGCCACCGGUGUCUGUAUCGCCAAGGUUCAGAACAGCGCUCUCGCUGGACCUUUCGGUGGAUCCGUCGCUUUCACCCAAUCCGCCGGUGCCAAGAAGCGUGCUAUUGAGUACAACCUUAGCAAGCGCCGUUUCGCCCGCGCUCUCGCUGCCAACUCUGACACGAGUAGAAGAAACCAGGGUGGCAAAGAUGGUAACUGGCAUGGUAUUUUGAACAAAUAA